AUGGCCACUUCAGUGAGGACAUUCCCAGUUGCCCUGUGGACACCAACGCCUGCUCCCUGGCUGGUAGGGAACACCACCACUGUGGCAGAAGCAAAGUGUGUGUUCAAUGAGGAGUUCAAAUUCAUCCUGUUGCCCGUCUCCUAUGCGUUGGUGUUUGUAGUAGGGUUGCCGCUCAAUUCUUGGGCCUUGUGGAUUUUUGUCUCUAGGAUGAGGCCAUGGAAUGCGACCACGACCUACAUGUUUAACCUGGCUGUCUCCGACGCGCUCUAUGUGCUCUCCCUCCCCACUUUGGUCUAUUACUAUGCUGACCGCAACAACUGGCCAUUUGGGGAAUGGCUCUGCAAGAUAGUGCGCUUUCUUUUCUAUGCAAACCUCUACAGCAGCAUCCUUUUCCUCACAUGUAUCAGUGUCCAUCGCUACAUGGGCAUCUGUCAUCCUAUCCGCUCCCUGAAGUGGGUGAAAACCAAGCAUGCGCGCCUCAUUUGUGUGAGUGUGUGGCUUGUCGUCACUAUCUGCCUCAUUCCCAACCUCAUUUUUGUCACCAUCAGUUCUAGAUACAACAGCACCCUUUGCCAUGACACCACUAAGCCUGAGGAAUUUGAUCAUUAUGUGCACUACAGCUCCUCUGUCAUGGCCCUCCUCUUUGGGGUGCCCUUCCUGGUUAUUGUUCUGUGCUAUUGCCUGAUGGCCAAGAAGCUUUGCAAACCCAGUUUCUCCAGCACCAGCCCCCGAAUGCCCUCCUACAAGAAACGCUCCAUCAAGAUGAUCAUCAUUGUGCUCACUGUCUUUGCAAUCUGCUUUGUACCUUUCCACAUCACCCGGACUCUCUACUACACCUCCCGCUACUUCCAAGCAGACUGCCAGACCCUCAACAUCAUCAACUUCACCUACAAGAUCACACGGCCCCUGGCCAGCAUCAACAGCUGUCUUGACCCCAUUUUGUACUUCAUGGCUGGGGACAAGUACCGAGGCAGGCUGCGCCGGGGGGCAGCUCAGUGGCCCCGGUCAGGGCCUCAGUCUGCCCUGGCCCUGGUGUCCACCUCCAGGGAUGAGGCUGCAGGUAGCCGUCAUGCCGCCACUUACCGCAUCAGUGACACCUGA